AUGUCAGAAUACGGAUUUGUUAAAAUUGAAAGAGAUGUUGCAAAAGCUGUGCCAAACCCAAAAACGCCUACCCCACAAUUGAACACGGACUUGCCAAACUCUAAAUUGUCUCAAUCGGUGCUCAAGUAUGCCCAGGAGAAAUUACCAGCCAAAGUACUUAAUCACUCCUUGCGGGUUUACUUGUACUCACGUGCUAUAAUUAAGGACCAGUUUCCCAAUUGGAACCUUGAUGAUGAGGUUGUGUUUGUGACAAGUUUAUUGCAUGAUAUCGGAACCACAGACGAGAAUAUGAAAGCUACAAAGAUGUCUUUUGAGUUUUACGGUGGUUUGUUGUCUCGUGACUUGGUGUUGGGCCAGACUAAGAACCAAGACUACGCUGAGGCUGUCAGCGAAGCAAUUAUCAGACACCAAGAUUUAGGAGAAAGUGGAUACAUCACCACCUUGGGGCUUAUCUUGCAAAUUGCAACGACUUUGGAUAACAUUGGAGCAAAUACCAACUUGAUACAUAUUGAUACUUUGGAUGCUGUUAACAAAAAGUAUGGUCGUGAGGGAUGGGCCUCAUGUUUCGGUGGUGCCAUCGACAACGAAAACAAGUUGAAACCAUGGGGGCACACUAGUGCUUUGGGGGUGAAUGAGUUUAGAGAUAGUGUUUUGGGCAACAAAGUAAAGUAUGAAAAAUUGUAA